AACCCGUGGGGAGGAGUGGCAGGCAGGGAAAGAGAGGGGCCAAAAACUGCCAGGGUGCGGUCUUAGUGCGCCGGUGGCAACUCAGAUCACUUUAAUUCCCGAUUCAAGUGGAAGACGUGCGCCAAAGGAGCUCGUUCAAAGACAGCAGCAGCCCCUCUGACAAUCCUGGUCUGCGACGGAGUUACACCGUAUCACUCUCUCGCCUAGAGUCUGUUAGAUAAAUAAAUGGACUUGCCUGCUCAUUCUCAUUUCUGUGUUUUUCUCGAGAGACCAACGUUGCGCAUUCUAUGGGCACUGAACACUUGGUAUCACUGGAUCUUUUCUCCAGCGUCUCUCCAUGACAGCCUCUGCGUAAACCGACUUAACUUUUACGCACUGACGAUGACGAGGAUAAGGGUGAUCAAGAAGUAGAGAUUUUGUCCUCCACCCCCCAUCUUUUACCCCGUGGGGGGUAAUAAGGAUCUGCUGGGGGGGUAGUGUCUAAUUCAGCGGCAAGCUGUGCCACCGUACCGAUCGUGUUGGAGUGCCCGGCGGGUUGGGGUGGAAUGCGUCUCCCUGUGGUGUUUGGGCUCCUCGUCGGCUGCGCCCUGAUUUUCGCACCUGUUAACGAGGGCUGUGGGCCGGGGAGGGGAUAUGGAAAAAGGCGGCCUCCGAAGAAACUGACACCCCUUAAUUACAAACAGUUCAGUCCAAAUGUAGCCGAAAAGACACUGGGAGCUAGCGGGAGACACGAAGGCAAGAUAACCAGGAUCUCUGAGCGCUUUAAAGAGCUGACGCCGAACUACAACCCAGAUAUCAUCUUCAAAGAUGAGGAGAACACAGGUGCGGAUCGACUCAUGACGCAGCGCUGUAAAGAUAAGCUGAACUCUCUGGCUAUCUCAGUGAGGAACAUGUGGCCCGGGCUGAAGCUCCGGGUGACUGAGGGCUGGGAUGAAGACGGCCAUCAUUUUGAAGAUUCACUGCACUAUGAGGGCAGAGCUGUUGAUAUCACCACCUCUGAUCGCGACCGCAAUAAAUAUGGCAUGUUGGCACGUCUAGCAGUGGAGGCCGGUUUUGAUUGGGUCUACUAUGAGUCCAAAGCUCACGUCCACUGCAGUGUGAAGUCAGAGCACUCUGUGGCUGCUAAGACUGGGGGCUGUUUUCCUGCAUCGGCUCUCGUCACUGUUGAGAAUGGUAGCAUGAAGAACAUGGAGAGCUUACAGCCUGGUGAGAGAGUACUUGCAUCUUCAAAAAGCGACGGCAGCGGACCGUUCAUCUACAGUGAAGUUAUCGCCUUCCUGGACCGAGAUCUUACUGUCCAGAAGCAGUUCUACACCAUCGAAACAGACUCUGGUGCUAAACUGACCCUGACGGCAGCUCAUCUCCUGUUUGUAUCUCAGGGGAACUGCUCCGGGCCUGUAGUGAGGGAAGAGCUGCAAUCUAUAUUUGCUAGUGACGUGCUGCCAGGUCAGUGUGUGGUGUCCACACAAGGAGCAGGACAGCAGGGGCAUCUGUCCCGGGUCACUACGAUCCAAAUUCAGGUGGACAAGGGUGUUUUUGCUCCACUCACCCGCCAUGGCACAGUGGUGGUCAAUGGCAUAGUUUCCUCCUGCUAUGCAGCCGUGGACCAGCACUGGCUGGCUCACUGGGCUUUUGGCCCACUCAGGGUACUCUAUAGCUGGGGAGGGCCAGUUGGACAUCAGGAUGUGGGGAUACACUGGUAUUCCUCACUGCUGCACUGGGUUGGGACUCAUGUGCUAGACCCAGCACAUUUCCACCCCUGGAGCAUGAUGGACAAUGACAGAUGAAAGGAAGGGGGGGGGGGGGCUGAGAAUGUCUCUAGAAAAAGAAGUGUUCAGUCGUUAGGGGGAAGGAACACAAUGGAUGGGAUCAAAGGAUCUAAAAGAAGGGAACAGGCAAAGAAAGGAUCCUACUUGAGAGAAAGAAGUGAGGAACAAAUUCUGAAAUGAAGAACAGAAUCAUUUAUGACUCUGAAUAGACACUUCUAUUAAAAGACUAAAAGGAUACAGCAAUUCUGUGGGUCGACUCUCAUUUGAGGAAAUAAGUGGACAUGGACAUGACCAAACUGAUUCUUUAAAACCCAUUUGUAAAAAAUAUUUAACAACUUUUUCAAAUGGGUUUUCUAUACUGCCAACACUGGAACAUUCUCACAUAUAUACAAAGACGCACACGUUUUUACAUAGUUCUUUAUUGUUCUACACACACACAUUAAAUAUACAUAUCAUUAUAGUCACUGAAGUAAUUAAACAGGUAAACUACACAAGAAUUUGCUUGUACUCAGGUAUGCAAUGACUCAACAACAGGAAAUCAGCCCAACCUUACCUGAUAAGGUUGGGGUUGAUUGAAAAGAAAUGAGACUGGAAGGCACACACAAAUACACCCUCAGCAACUUACACUUAAAGACAGCUUGGGGAAAACAUGCAAUGCCUUUACAACAUCAGAACAAUGUCUUAUCAAACUACAAAGAAACCUGCUGUACUUUCAGGUCCAUUAGGGUUCAUAACUGUUUUGUGUUCAUUCAUAUGCUCACAGUACAUGUUUCUCACUGUAAAAGUGGUGGUGUCUUUCCCAGCUUAAUCAAGUAUUUAAUGGUCACAUUGUACACUGUAUUUCUAAAUCUAGCACACAUAAGGGUUUGAGUACAUAACGUUUAUGAAGGCUUCAUACAAAAAUACAAUUACAGAAAGAGUUUACUCAGUGCAAUGUGUAGCAAUGUUAUAAGCAGCAGCAUUUAUGCCAGUUUAUGUAGUACAUAUGUGUGCUUUAUGCCGUAAUACUCAUAUUUCCAUUACAAUUUACUGUAUUUAUCUGUUCUGUGGCAUUAUUUACAUUUUUACUUAAAUAUGUCAGAAAUUAUAUAAUAUUUGUACAACUAUUUAAAGAUCUAUUUUUCAGAAUUAAAGAUUAUGGAAAUAUGUGCCUUUGUCAUUAUUUAGAGAUUACUUCAGUUUGUUAUGAGUAGUCUCACUCCGAGUACUCCAAGCUAAAAGUAUAAGCUAGGUUAACCUCCUGAGACCCGAGAGUGAAUGCUGUGUGCAUUUUCCAUUUUCCUUUUUGAUUUGUAACUAGUAGCACCUGAUAAACAAGCAAAAAAAAAAAAAAAAAAUUCUAGGACAAAUAGUUUCCUAAAAAUUCAUGUCCACAUAUGUGGACAGCGGGACUACGUUGUGAAAUUUUUCAAUAAUACCAAGCUAUAGAAAGUCCAGAGUGUUGGUUAUUCAUGUUUUUGAGAUGUUGCAGACAUUACAGCUGAUUUUCUGUAAAGCCAGUAUCAUCCAAUCACUGCAAACCAUUUUAAAAUAAAAUUUAGCAUUAUAAAUUCUGAAUCUAUGUACUUAUUGCCAUUGUACCAUGUCUGCCAAACAUGUUGAGUGGUGCAAACAUCAUUUGCAGCCUGAAACUGAACUUUUGGGCAGAUUUUAGGAGUGAAUGCACUUAAAUGCAUUUAGCUGCCUCCCUUGCUCCCUAUUUAGUGAAUGACUUAACCUCCAUUGUGCUGUCUGUCUGCACUGGUCUCAGAAAAGUUUGAAAUGCACCUUAUAUUCAACUCCAUACAAAGCCUCUGAGAGCAAAAUUUUUCAGAUUUUGGAUGAACCCAUUGAUUCUCAUUGUUAAAAUGCACAGUAAAUAUAGGAAUGCAUUUACUAAUGUUAAUGAAUAGAACCAUAUUGUAUAGUGAUAAAAUAAAAUAUUACAAAAUUUAUAUUCAAACUAAGUGAAAUGACCCCACAAAUGUGUUCAUGUUGAAAGUUAUUCAAAAUAACUCUCAUGUUGUUUUCAACUUUUGGAGAAUAAUGUCCCAAAAUCCAUGUUUGUGGACAUGUUUACCAGCACGCUGGCAUUUUUAAAAGCGGCAUAUCUAACUAAACUUGAGAUGUCUUUACACCAAAACGGGUUUCAAUGAAAAACUUAGAGGUUUCUUACCAGAGGCACUUUUGUUGGCUCUGCACCCAUACAGUAGAUGUGCUUCAUGGAUGUUUCAUGUGACUUGGUGUAUAAGAAGUUUAACUCUUUUUUCCUCUUUUUUUACCCAAUUUGGAAUGCCCAAUUCCCAAUGCGCUCUAAGUCCUCGUGGUCGUGUAGUGAUUUGCCUCAGUCCGGGUGGCAGAGGACGAAUCUCAGUUGCCUCCGCGUCUGAGACUGUCAACCCGUGCAUCUUAUCACAUGGCUUGUUGAGCGCGUUGCCACGGAGACAUAGCGCAUGUGGAGGCCAUCCACCGCGGUAUCCACGCUCAACUUACCAUGCACCCCACCGAGAACGAACCACAUUAUAGUGACCAUGAGGAGGUUACCCCAUGUGACUCUACCCUCCCUAGCAACGGGGCCAAUUUGGUUGCUUAGGAGACCUGGCUGGAGUCACUCAGCACACCCUGGGAUUUGAACUAGAGAACUAGCGAACUCCAGGGGUGGUAGGCAGCGUCUUUUAACACUGAGCUACCCAGGCCCCCAGAAGUUUAACUCUUAAAUGACAUUCUACAGUGUUGUGAACAGUAUUCAGUCAGUUUAAAUU